CAACAACCAACAACAAACCAAGAUCAAGAUGCUGUUGCAGCGUUUGUGGUGCAGCGGUGGCCGCCGAUGCUGCAAGCCUACGAUCAACGCUGCGCGUGGCAUUGCCACGACGCGUGUGAGUGGAUAUGAGAAGAUUGCCGCGCCUGGAGAGGUGUCGCCGCGACGCGUGGUACCGGAUGACAUUGAGAAGCCGUCGUACGUUCGGGCGCUGAUUGCACGAGCAGCCGACAUGCACACGACCCAGUCACGCAUCAAGCCGCUGCAAGGGGAGAUGCUGGGACGCAUGAGGGACGCAGGGAGGCUUGCCGCAGAUACGCUGGCGUACACGGCAUCGCACAUCGCCCCUGGAGUGACGACAGAUGCGCUGGACGAACUGGCGCACGAGUUUAUUGUGUCGGCGGGCGCGUAUCCGUCGCCGCUGGGGUACAUGGGCUUCAAGAAGAGCAUCUGCACAUCAGUGAACAAUGUCAUUGUCCACGGUGUCCCGGAUGACCGUGAGCUCCAAGAGGGCGACAUCAUCAACAUCGACGUCACCGUCUUCCUCAACGGCGUGCACGGGGACACGUCGCGAACGUUUGCGGUUGGCGCGGUGGACCGGUCUGCCGAGCGGCUCAUCGAAGGCGCAGAGAAGGCGCUGCACGAUGCCAUUGCGACAUGCGGGCCAGGCGUGCCCUACUGCGCUAUAGGCGAGGCUGUGGAGGCUGUGGCAGACUUCUACAGGCUGAGCAUCUGCCCCUACUUUAUUGGUCACGGCAUCGGACCCUCCUUCCACGCGCCCCCGGCAGUGCUGCACUACUACAACGACGAGGACUACGUCAUGAAGCCCGGGCACGUGUUCACGAUUGAGCCCGCGCUGAACGAGGGCUCGCCGGAGUUCCGCAUCUUGGCCGACGAGUGGACGGCGGUCACGCUGGACGGGCAGCGGUCGGCGCAGGCCGAGCACACCGUCCUCAUCACCGAAGAGGGCGUUGAGGUGCUGACGCGCCGGAAGGACGAGGACUGCGAACGGGCGGUUGAGUGAAUGCAGCAGAACUGAUUCGCGUGUUGUGCUGCGUUUGUGUAUUGGAUUGUGGUGCGUGUGUGUGUGUGUGUGCGUAUGUGCGUUUGCGCGCGUGUGAGUGAGCGAGCGAGUGAGUGAGUGAGUGAGUGUGUGUGUGUGUGUGUGUGUGUGU